GCGUCUCACUCUCAACAUCGCCACCAUGUCGCAACCAGGCAAACAGUACAAGGCCAUCGGCGACGACGCGUGGAAGCGCGCCGACAAAGUCAACGGCGAGCUCUUUGCGCUGACGUACGGCGCCCUCGUAGUCCAAUUCAUCAAAGACUACGAGGACUACGGCGAGGUGAACAAGCAGUUGGAGAAGAUGGGCUACAACAUCGGCACACGGCUCAUCGAGGACCUGCUUGCGCGCACAGGGCUGCAGCGGUGCGCGUCGUUCGCCGAGACGGCCGAGGUCGUGUCCAAGGUCGCGUUCCGCGCAUUUCUGAACAUCGCGCCGAGCGUAACCUUCCCCCAGGGCGCCGCGGGGAACGAGUUCGUGCUUACGUUCGAGGAGAACCCGCUGGCCGAGUUUGCGGAGCUGCCGCGCGAUGCGCGCGAGGGCGGGUUGUGGUUCUCGAAUGUGUAUGCGGGCGUUGUGCGCGGGGCUUUGGAGAUGGUCCAAAUGCAGGUCGAGGCGCGCUUCCUCUCCGACCAACUGCGCGGAGACGACACGACCGAGCUGUACGUCCGCCUGGUGCGGAUCCUGGAGGAGGAGCAGCCCGAGAACGACGAGUAGUGCCGCAUCAUGGGACAGCAGGAUAGAGCGGCGACAUGCAUACAACAAUAUCUAAUCUGGCCGCUUGUG